AUGAUAACCAGGGCAGCCGAUAAGGCUGACACAAGAUUCGGCAACGAGAUAACUCCAUCACCAACCACCAGCCGCUUGUCAUUCGACAUCCGUCCACCACAUUUGCUAUCCACACCUCGCACCACAUCGUCGCUACUUUUCCACUCCACUGGCAAAAUAUUUCUUUUCCCGUUAUUCACCAUGAUUGUACCACGCUUCCGUCUGCUGAGACCUGUUGUUGCCGCACGCCGGGCCGCGCUCGUCCAGAAGUGCGCCAGCUCCAGCUCCGCGUUCAAGGCCACCCCGGGCCCGCCAAAGCUCGACAAGGAGGACCAGGACGAGUUCGAGAAACUCAUCUUCAAGGCAAACACACAGUCCGCGAUCGACGAGUACAACGAGAAGCUCGGCUUCAAGUCCGAGUCCGCGCCAACGGUCGACAAGGCCACCUUCACAGCCGACAAGUUCACCAUCAUCCCCGAGUUCGAAGGAAACGUCAACCCCAACACGGGCGAGGUGAACGGGCCAAAACAGGACCCGCUCAAACACGGUGUCGACUGGAGUUUCAACGGCCGGGUGACGGACUUCUAG